AUGAAGCACAUCUCCCUCUCGCCAUCCACCGAACUUGACGAGAUCGCCAUCUCCGUCACGCCGUUCAGGACACCGAGUUCACCGAGAUUGCCAUCUCCAUCCCGUCGUUCAAUCCACCGAGCUCACCGCGUUCAGUCCACCGAACUCGCCUCGUUCGCCAAAAUUUAUUCUCUCCCUCUGAAAACGAACCAAGCUCAAGCACUAAUUUUAAGGGAAAAACUACAACUUCAGCCCAGAGUGGACAUGCAACUGGCGAUGAUUGGCAAUAGGAGGUCUAUCAAAAAGAUUGAAAAGGGAACAGAAGGCAGGGUUUUAGAGGGAUUGGCCAUUUGA